UUUCAGGGAUGGGACAGCCUGUAUUUGUCCCUUUCCCUCUACCUUCCAGUUACUUCACCUCCAAACCUCUUUUUAAAAGAAGGAUGAAUGGGGCAGGAUGAGUUAGAAUCCUUAGGUGCAUCAAGGACUGGUACUUAAAAUGUGGCAAAUUUGAUUGGACUACUUGCAUGGCUUCUGGAGUUACAGUGAAUGAUGAAGUCAUCAAAGUUUUUAAUGACAUGAAAGUAAGGAAAUCUUCUACACAAGAAGAGAUCAAAAAAAGAAAGAAAGCAGUUCUCUUCUGUUUAAGCGAUGACAAAAGACAAAUAAUUGUAGAGGAAGCAAAGCAGAUCUUGGUGGGUGACAUUGGUGAUACUGUAGAGGACCCCUACACAUCUUUUGUGAAGUUGCUACCUCUGAAUGAUUGCCGAUAUGCUUUGUACGAUGCCACAUACGAAACAAAAGAGUCUAAGAAAGAAGACCUAGUAUUUAUAUUCUGGGCUCCUGAAAGUGCACCUUUAAAAAGCAAGAUGAUUUAUGCUAGCUCUAAAGAUGCCAUUAAAAAGAAAUUUACAGGUAUUAAACAUGAGUGGCAAGUAAAUGGCUUGGACGAUAUAAAGGACCGUUCAACACUUGGAGAGAAAUUGGGAGGCAACGUAGUCGUUUCACUUGAAGGAAAACCCUUAUAAAAUGACAGUCAAGUGCCAUCCGGAUCUUAAGGAGCUUCCAUUUCUCCAGCUCAGUCGAUUGGAAUAGUAUUAGGUGUUUUUUUUUUUUCUUUCUUUCUUCCUUUUCCCACUGGGUCCUUCCAACACAGUGAAUGAAGGAAAUACCAUUCAUGUAAGCAGCCUAUCAGUGAUUGCCAUUAGACUGUUUAAUACUGUUACUUUUAUGUAGAACCCAAGGAAUGCCUUCCCCUCAUAUUUUAGCCAAAACAACUGAUUACAUGCCUCCCUUGCAGCAAGCACUACAAUGAAUGUGAUUGUCAAUGUGAAUAGUUUAGAAUACUGCAAAGGGUUAAGCUAAUUGAAUGCCUUGAAAGCAUUAUCCACUGGUAAGAUGGUAAACUUUAUUCAGUAUUAUUUAUAGUUGCACUUGAUCGCAGUUCUGUGAGGCUCGAGCAUUCAUACACCUCACCUGCCUUGGCAAGCCAAUUUUUUGUGACUUGGCAGCACGGAUAUAACACUAUGCAUUGAAAGCACUUUUUUUGUAAUGAGUUUAAUCUCCCACCUCAAAAGGAAUGCCAAUUAAGUUGUGUUAACUGUGUCAUCAGCUUAUCCUAGUACCUCAGUGUUCAUUCCUGUUACCUGCGAAUCUUCCUAAAAGAAAUAGCAAUUAUCAAUGCCUUUUUGUUUUCCAUUGAGUAUACACUACUGAGUAAGUGUAGGAGUUUUAUGUUUACCAUGUAAGUAUGUAAGUCUUGCAACACUAAAGAUAUUUUGAAUAUCAGUCAUGAUGGCAAUUUCUGUAUAAAAGAGCCUUAAAUGGAACAUUGUUUUUGAGAUCAACUCCCCACCCUCACAAAAAUGGCCACGUUGCAAUAAAAAUUGUGGCAUAUUACA